CUGACAAAAAUGGGGAGGCUCCCCGGAACCGCUGUUAAUUGCACCCUUGGUAGUAUUGCUUCAGGAGCGCAUCAACAGCAGGCUUUUGAAGUGUCCCAUUAGCAUUGCUUCCCGGGGUCAGCUCCACCUGGACCGUAAAGCUGAAAACCUGUGUUAAUCAUGGAGCCAUAUUGUGCUGGUUUCAAGCAUGUGCAACGGGACUGUGGAGUUCAUCUCAAGCUUGUAAAUGAUGAGACACACAAAGCUAGAAAUACACAACACUCCAAGCCUGGAUCUUAUGGUGUCAGUAUUAGGGUCCAAGGAAUUGAUGGGCAUCCCUAUAUAGUGCUAAACAACACAGAGAGGUGUUUGUCAGAAAACCCAUCUUUACCUGAAAAUGGACUGCAGGUUGCAUCUCAGACAGUUAAUAGGUCAGCUCCAAACUCCAAUACUGCUCUUAAAUUGGAGGAGAAAAAUAGUGAAGCAAUAAAGUUUCCUGGAAUACAGUCCACAGAGCCCAGUAUGUUUAAAAACCUAAAGCAAGCCAACAUCAAUGAAGGAGAGAAUGGAGUCUCAGAUUCUAAAUAUGGAAUAUUAAAACCCUCCAAUUUGUUGAACUUUCAAAGGCAUCCUGAGCUUUUACAGCCCUAUGAUCCAGAAAAAAAUAACUUGAACUUGGAUAGCUACCAAUCUUCUGUGUGCAAUAAGUCUAAAUCUCUUGCAGAUGAAGGCAAGAUUGAAACAAAGCCUUGGACUUCUUCAUCCAAAGUAGUGACCCUACAGAAAACCCCACAGCUUGUGGAGUCAGCCAAAUCAAAUGUGAAAACAAUUCAUUUGAACAGGUCCAUAGCAGUGGAAGACCAAAAUAAGCAUGUGUCCAAGGGCCCCAGGGUUACUAGCACUCCAAAUGAAGUGCAUGUAUUUGAGUCACUUUCAUCUAGUGGAGGAUCCCCACAUAUUAGCCCAACUGGUCAACCAGACGCAAGGAAAAGUAGACCAGAUGUUCUUUCUUUCGGCAGACAAGAUUCAGCUGGAUCAGUAUUGGAUGGGUCACGAAGAUCAUCAUCUUCAUCAACCACUCCAACUUCUGCAAAUUCCUUGUAUAAGUUUUUACUUGAUGACCAAGAGUAUGCUAUCUAUGCAGACAAUGUUAAUCGACAUGAAAACAGAAGGUAUAUCCCAUUUUUGCCCGGAACAGGCCGUGAUAUUGACACUGGCUCAAUUCCUGCAGUUGAUCAACUAAUUGAAAAGUUUGAUAGGAAAAUUGGUCCACAGAAAAGGGGUAGAUCAGGAAAAAGGAACAGAAUUCACCCAGAUGAUCGUAAAAGAUCAAGAAGUGUUGACAGUGUACUGUCUUUAGGCCUGGAGGUGAAUUCAGAUUACUUAGAUGAGUUUAGUAAAAAUUUGGGUAAAUCAACUGAGCACUUGCUAAGGCCAUCAAAAAUUUGCCUUCAGAAACAAUUAUCUCUUGAACAAACGUUGCCUUCCCCUGAUACACAAGUUGCUGCUCGAACUGUCGGCAAACUGCAACCGACUGCUCAAGACAUUCAGAACAACCAUUACAAUUCAUUGCAACAUCAUAAAGAAAAUAAAGUUAAUGGAGCGAGUUUGAUGUUUAGGUCAUCCACAUUUCCAGUGCAGAAUAAAAAAGAGGAAGUUAAAAUAGUAACUUCUACAUUCUUGUUGCCAAAUCGAAUUACAAUCCCGCCUGACCCAGGAACAAAGAAGAUCUUAGUAAAAACAUUUUCUUCCGCCCCAAAUACACAGGCAACUCCUGAUCUGUUAAAGGGCCAGCAAGACCUCACACAACAAACAAAUGAGGAGACAGCGAAACAGAUCCUUUACAAUUACCUUAAGGAAGGAAGCACUGAUAAUGAUGAUGCCACAAAGAGGAAGGUGAACUUGGUUUUUGAGAAGAUCCAGACUUUAAAGUCAAGAGCUGCUGGAAGUGCACAAGGUUCUAAUUCUUCAACUGAAGUCAAAGCAUUGCUGGAACAAAAAACAGAACUAGAGACCAAGGUUGCAGAGCUACAGAAAAAGCUGGAUCUAGAAAUUAGGAAUCAGCAAAAUGUCAAAGAAGAGAGAGACACAACGAGAGCAACUCUGAAAGAUCUACAACAGCAACUUGACAAAAGUGUACAAGAAAAAGAUGCCUUAAAAAAGCAUCUAGGAGAAAGCGAGAAGGAACUCAGGCAAAACUUAGAGGAACUUUUUCAAGUGAAGAUGGAACGGGAACAACACCAGACUGAAAUUAGGGACCUUGAAGACCAGCUCUCUGAAAUGCAUGAUGAAUUGGAUAAUGCAAAGCAUGCUGUGGAUGGAGAGAAAGAGGUUCUAAUAGAGGAGCUGAUGCAAAUGAAGCAGGAUCUGCAAGAAAUAUUCAUGACAAAAGAACAACAAGAAGAAAUAUUGAGAAAAAGAGAACGGGAACUGACUGCUUUAAAAGGAGCGUUGAAAGAAGAAGUAUCUAACCAUGACCUGGAGAUAGAUAAACUUAAAGAACAACAUGACAAAGAACUUCAGAAUCUAAGAGAGGCUCUAGAAGAAGCAAGAAAGAAUGCUGUUGCCCUUGCCAGUGAAAGAAACACUGCAGAAAAGAUGCAAAGUAGUGCAGAAAAUCGAGUGAAGGAGUUGGGUGAGCAAAAUGAACAACUGAAGAGAACAAUUAAAGAGCUAGAGGACAAAAUUAAGGAACUCCAUCAACAGAUUGAUAAUAUGAAAGGAGAAGAAGAUACAAUGAAGGAAAAAAUAGAGAGAUAUGAGAAAGAAAAGCAACAAUUAGAAGAUGUCCUGGCACAUGCUGGGGAGGAGGGAAAGGAACUGCUGUUGGUGAAAAAGUCUUUGGAAAGCAAGCUGGAGGAUAUGCAGAAAAAAUUCAAUCAGAUUAUUCAGGAACAGCAACAGUUAACCGAACAGUUAAAAGAUGAAACUAACCAGAAGGAACAAUUAAAGAGGAUAAAGAAUGAAAUGGAAAAUGAGCGAUGGCAACUAGACAAGACUAUUGAGAAGUUACACAAGGAGAUGGCUGAAAUUGUAGAAGUGUCCCGGUCAUCCACUCUGGAGCUUCAGAACCAGCUUGAUGAGUACAAGGAGAAAAAUCGCAGGGAACUUGCAGAAAUGCAGAGACAAUUAAAAGACAAAAAUCUUGAGUUAGAAAAAUCACACCUGACAACCAUGAAAAUGCAGGAUGAGAUGCGUCUUAUGGAAGAGGAUUUACGGGACCACCAGAGAGCCCAGGAUGAGGCAAUUACAAAAACUCAGCUGCUGGAACAAACUGUGAAAGGCUUGGAAUAUGAACUGGAAGCCAAAAAUCACCUGAAAAGUGAUCGGACGAGACAAAUGAAACUAAUGGAGGACAAGCUGUCCCAGUUGGAACUGGAGCUUGAUGAGGAGAGAAACAAUUCAGAUUUGCUGUCUGAGAGGAUUAGUAGAUGCAGAGAACAGAUUGAACAAAUGAGGAAUGAACUACUUCAAGAAAGAGCUACAAGACAAGAUUUGGAGUGUGACAAGAUUUCAUUGGAAAGACAGAACAAAGAUUUGAAAAGCCGAAUCCUUCACCUUGAAGGUUCUUAUAGGUCCAGUAAAGAAGGACUUGUUGCUCAGAUGGAAGCAAGGAUCACUGAGCUAGAGGGACGGCUUGAAAAUGAAGAGAGGGAUCGGGCUAAUCUCCAGCUAAGCAAUCGCAGACUUGAACGGAAAGUGAAGGAAUUAAUGUUGCAAGUAGAUGAUGAACAUCUCUCACUGACUGACCAAAAGGACCAGCUGAGUUUGCGUUUGAAAGCAAUGAAACGUCAGGUUGAAGAAGCCGAAGAAGAAAUUGACAGACUGGAAAGUGCCAAAAAGAAACUUCAGAGGGAGUUAGAAGAGCAAAUGGACAUGAAUGAUCAAUUGCAAGGACAACUUAAUGCUGUGAAGAAGGAAUUAAGCAGACGGAAGAAGUCACCAAGUAAAGUAUUGACUGAUCUUGAUGAUGACGACGAUGAUUUCAGUACAGAUGGAGAGAGUCUCUAUGAAGCACCUUCAGGAUGUAAAUCCUCAAAAGACAAUGAUACAAAAAGCUAAAACUGACUCACACCUGUGAUUCUGUGAAACUAAUUUAGGCUGAUCUAUUAUCAAUGACCUGCAGAUUCCAAUAGUCAAAAGACUAGAUAGAUUCGAGACCUGAAGGUCUUUACAUCUGUAUUGUGCCGUUUUCAUAUUUAGAUCUUCUUUGUGUAAAACAGAAAACAGGAAGCAAGAUUGCAUUGUAAAACAUCUAGAAAUAUGGCAUGUACCUGUUACCUUUGAGAAAACAUUUAUAACUGGGAUGAUGUUUCACAUCAAAAAUGUGAUUUUGCUAAAAUUCUGUUUAAAGUAAGUACACCGAAAUGAGAGACAUCUGAAAGUCAUUGAACAUUACUUUAUUUUAGGUUGUUGCUAAUGAGUUUUUUCCUAGAAUUUAGGAAACCAGAGUGCAGAUUAUUAUUUAAUGAUUGUAAGUAGGGGAAACUGAUGUAUAGAAUGUACAUAUUUUAAACUAGACUUUUUAUUAACUACUCUAGUGCCAUUUUGUAAACCUUCAAAAAUUUUAUAGAUCAGUUUCAUAUGAAAAGUACUUAAAUCUAUUUUGAACAUUAUGCAUUUUAACUAAAAAAAGAAACACAUACAUUUUACAAAUACAUGUAUUAAGGGAGCAGAUUUGUUGUUUUCAAGGCAAGAAACACAGUUGAAUUUUAAAUUCAGUAUAAAUUUUACUAUGUCAUCUACAAAUUAGAGGUCAGAUGCUGGCUUCGUGAUUAAACCCUAAAAUCCUAAUCCUGUUUGUUGACUUCAAAGGGACCAUUACUUGGGUACAGUUAGCAAGAGGUGGUCCUAGGAUUAUAGGAAUCUUUUG